GCUGAAGGAGGCUGUGUUGGAGUGGAAUUUGGAGAGGCCAGGGACAACAAUUGCCGUCACAACAGACAACGCCCGGAAUAAAGUAAAUGCUGUGAUUGAAGCUGGAAUGGGUCCCCAAAUUGGGUGUUUCGCACACACCAUUAAUCUUGCUUCUCAGAAAGCCACAAGCCUCAACCAACUAGCCAGACUGCUAGGCAAAGUGAGACGCGUCGUGACAUUCUUCCACCGUAGCCUAACAGCUGCACACAUACUGGAGCGUAAACAAGAGAUGCUUAGUCUGGCGAAACAUUGUCUUAUUCAGGACGUAUCCACUCGAUGGAAUUCGAGCUACGAUAUGCUUGUAAGGUACCUGGAGCAACAGGCAGCAGUGUACACGGGACUGACAGAACAGCCUCUCAAGAAAAAGGACAUCAGCACAUUGUCUGACCAAGUGGUGAGAAGGGCUGAGGAAGUGAUUGUCGUUCUGAAGCCAUUAAAGACUCCCACAACAGUCAUAAACCGAAGCUACACCUUCAGCAUCCAUGAUCCUGCCCCUCAAAGCCACAGUUCUCCACUCUAUGGAGCCAAAUGAUGGGGACAGCGCCAUAGUGACCCAAGUCAAGGCUGCCAUCAGGGAAAACCUGGAAGACAGGUACUCCUCUUGCCAAGACUUCCUCCACAAAUGCACAGCCCUUGACCCGAGGUUUAAAUCUCUUCCUCAUGUGGAUGACGUCUGUUGUGACAGGAUCUACAACAGUCUCAGCACUGAGAUUGUGGCCAUAGAAGAGGAGCAUGAGGAGGCCAAAGGGACAGCAGCAGCUGCUUCACCCUCACACACAGAACACCCAGAAGCAUCUGAAUCACCUCCUCCGGUCAAGAGGUCAGCGAUGACCGAACUGUUUGGUGAGCUCUUCCAGACUGAGGUAGGAGACAAAAAGAAUACUUUGCAGCAGGUCAAAAAAGAAGUUGCUGCAUACAAGGCAGUGAGCAGCAUUUCACUCGACUCUGACCCACUUCUAUGGUGGAAGAACAAAGAGUCCACAUAUCCCCUCAUUGCCAAGCUAGCGAAGCACUACCUUGCCAUUCCUGCUACCUCAGUCCUGAGUGAGAGGGUCUUUUCAACUGCUGGGGACAUUGUAACUGCCAGCAGAUCUGCUCUCACUGCUGACAAUGUGGACAAACUGAUUUUCUUGGCAAAAAAUAUGAAGGUUGAGUAAAAUUGAAUACUGUAUCACUAGAAUUCUGGAGCUGAGUACUGUACUUGUGGAUUUUUUUGUUCACUGUUUGAGAGGAAUUUAUAAUUUUCAAUUUUAAUAUUUUAAUUUGUAACAUUGAUAACCAUUUGAGAAUAUUUGAUUUAACUUAAUGGUACCAAGCAGCACUUAGAAUGUAUUUACGGUUUCAGCUUGUAUGUUGACAAGUUUUUGGUUAAAUAAACAACAUGCUGAGGAAGAAAAUGGUUUUGCAUUUUUUCCCAUACCGCACCGAAAACGUACCGAACUGUGACCCCCCUAUACCGAAUACGUACCGAACCGUGAUUUUUUUCGUAACGUUACACCCCUAUUAGCUGUAUAGAGAGAGGCGUGUAUGAGAGGUGGCCUUACCA